UCAUUCUCCGGCAUCCUAAUUCUGAAGCUUCCGCGGCCGUUGGAUUCGACUUACCGGCGGCCUCCAGUCAUAAUCGGAAAGAUCGUCCAUUGGCGAUUCAAUAUGAUUACAAUACCUUACUUGACCGCCCUGUCAACGUAUUUCAGCUAUGCACUCCUCAUCUUCUUUGGUUACUCUCGAGACCUCGUUAGAAAGAUUAUCGAUUGGUGGUGGAAUGAUACAAAUCUUCAGGGCUACGCGCCGUUCUGCUUAGGGUUUGAAGAAUUCUAUAUUCGGAGGUUGUAUAUGCGGAUUCAGGACUGUUUUGGACGGCCAAUAGCUAGUGCUCCUGAUGUUUGGUUUGAUGUAGUUGAGCGAGUUUCAACCGACAAUAACAAAACACUUAAGCGAACAAAAAACAUAAGCAGGUGUUUUAAUUUAGGAUCCUAUAACUAUCUUGGUUUUGCUGCGGCUGAUGAGUACUGCACUCCUCGUGUUAUAGAAACAUUGAAAAGAUUUUCUCCAAGCACUUGUAGUUCUCGUGUUGAUGGAGGAACUACAACACUUCAUAACGAAUUGGAAGAAAGUGUGGCAGAUUUUGUUGGCAAACCAGCAGCCUUAGUGUUUGGCAUGGGUUAUGUUGCAAACUCUUCCAUCCUUCCUGUCUUAAUCGGGAAGGGAGGAUUAAUAGUCAGUGAUUUACUGAACCACAAAUCAAUUGUCAAUGGUGCUCGUGGAUCUGGGGCUACAGUAAAGGUUUUUCAGCAUAAUAGACCAAACCACUUGAAGAAAGUGUUGAGAGAACAGAUUCUAGAGGGACAACCUAGGACACAUAGACCAUGGAAUAAGAUAAUUGUUGUUGUUGAGGGGAUAUACAGCAUGGAAGGUGAACUAUGCAAACUCCCCGAGAUAGUUUCCGUAUGCAAGAAAUAUAAGGCUUAUUUGUACUUGGAUGAGGCACACAGUAUUGGGGCAGUUGGUAAGACAGGAAAAGGUGUUUGUGAACUUUUAGGGGUGGAGACAGCUGAUGUUGAUAUCAUGAUGGGAACAUUCUCUAAGUCUUUUGGAUCUUGUGGUGGCUACAUUGCUGGAUCAAAGGAACUGAUUAGGUACUUGAAACACACCUGUCCUGCUCAUCUAUAUGCUACAUCAAUCUCACCCCCAGCUGCACAACAAAUUAUUUCUUCCAUAAAGGUUAUUCUUGGGGAAGAUGGUUCAAGUAGAGGAGCCCUAAAGCUUGCUCGCAUACGAGAAAACAGCAACUUCUUCAGAUCAGAACUGCAGAAAAUGGGCUUUGAGGUUCUUGGAGAUCAAGAUUCACCUGUAAUGCCCAUAAUGCUCUACAACCCAGCAAAAAUACCCGCCUUUUCACGUGAGUGCCUGAAGCAGAAUGUGGCUGUAGUAACUGUAGCAUUCCCAGCUACACCUUUGAUAUUGGCUCGGGCAAGAAUCUGUAUUUCUGCUGCGCACACACGCGAAGAUCUGAUCAAAGCCCUUGAGGUGAUAAGCAAAGUGGGCGAUUUUGUGGGCAUAAAAUAUUUCCCAGCUGAGCCGAAGAAAGAAGAGAUCGGGAGUAUCAAGUUGGAGUGAAGUAGUCUCCUCAAACACAACAUUUUUGGAGUUUAGUAUUUUUUUAUGAAUUUAGGAGUAUAGCAUUUUUUUGUAGGGAAUCAAACCUGAAAAUCUUUGAUCUAUUAGGUAUGUCUCUUACCACUUUAACUAUUUUAGUGGGUUUUAAGAAGUUUGGUAUUUAUUUUUAUAGGUCGUCUUUAUAACCUGCAUAAACCAAUUCUAAAGAAGUCAAACCAUUUUCAAAUUUAACAAUGAGUGCGUUUUG